UGGGACAAAACGGUGAAUUUUGCUCAGUGAUUUUGUACAUAAUCCUUGCCUUUUAAUGCCCUAAAUGUCAACUGAGUGCCAGAAGCCUGGCACCACAAGGGGCUGUAAGACACUGCACCUAUCCGGGCUAGGCCUCGGAAGCUGGAGGCUGCUGCCUCCUCCCCAAAAAAAGGUUUAAAACCCAACCACCUCCUGCAGCCCCCCAUCUGCUUCGGCAUCCAGGCACGGAUCCUCCUCUCCCAGCUCUGUAUAACAGCUUGGGGCCCCACGGCCUGCAGGAUGCGGCUGGGCAGGGAUCAGGCCCGGUAGCCAUGGCAGCGGGGUAUUUAUUACAGCCCUGCCUCGCCACCCAGGGCUGGCGGACUUUAGCCCUUCUCCACACCGAAGGCAGCAGCCGCCCGUCCCCACAGCCUGAAACACACGGAAGGCCCCAAAAUAAUGGCAAAAUUUCUGUCGCAGGAUCAAAUUAACGAGUUCAAGGAAUGCUUCUCCCUGUACGACAAGAAACAAAAAGGCAAGAUCAAAGCCACCGACCUGAUGGCCGUGAUGCGGUGCCUGGGAGCCAGCCCGACGCCAGGGGAGGUGCAGAGGCACCUUCACUUGCACAAGAUUGAGCGAAACGCAGAACUGGAUUUCUCCACUUUCCUGAAUAUAAUGUACAGGCAAAUGAAGCAGGAGGAGCCUGAGAAGGAAAUCCUCACGGCCUUGUCCAUGAUAGACAGGCAGAAGAGAGGGGUCAUCACUGUCUCCGAGUUGAGGGCCAAGCUGACAAACUUGGGAGAAAAACUCUCCGAGGAAGAAGUUGACGACCUGCUAAAAGAGGCUAAAAUUGGACCAAAUGGAACAAUAAAAUAUGAAGAAUUUGCCCACACCAUUUGUAUUCCUACAGUCGACUACUGAAAUUCAGAAGAGAUCUGAUAAGGGCGGGACCUGAAACUAUUUUUCUCAUUUGUUCCUCCUUACUGUUUGGACUCGGGAAUCAUUUGCCUUUAAGGAUCCCUAUUCUGCCUUGCGGUUGCACUUACACAGGUUCCCAUCCCAUUUCCAGAGAAAUGCUGCUGCAAAGUGUGAGCUGAUGUUUAAAUAAACUGGAUGUGACAUUC